AUGAAGCAGUUGUUUAUCGUCAGUUUUACGCUUGCAUCUACUGUGAUUUUAUCUUCUGCACAAAAACAACUAACUGACUGUUUAAAACCAUGGCAAAAACCAGUAUUGUCUGUGGCAACAAUCAGUGAACCGGCAGCUCCGUUACGAUGUCACCCAGAAACGGAUCCAUGCCCACAGAAUGGUGCUGCAACUGAAUGUCAAUUUUCAUUCCGAAGUUUUAUGUAUGUCUGUUGCGAAGAUCGAGAAGAUGUUCGAGCUCCAGUAUGCCCUAAAUAUCAUGAUACACUGAACACAUUCUGUGGUGGAAGUCGUUCAGUAUGCCCAAAAGGGUACAAAUGUAUGCGAUCCAGAUAUGAUCCAAAAGUGGAACUUUGCUGUCGUCCAAAUCCACGUAAAAUACAUCCAGAACCAGAAACUUCUUUCGUUGAUCACUCAGUGACACCGAUGAUUCUUCCAAAAGCACCAAAGAAAAUCUUAUCGGUGGUUUUUGAAGAAAAAAAUUUAACAAUUGGUCAACUGGUGAGCAAUGACGAAAUAAGUGGUCUUCAAGUUGAACCACAACUUUAUGCACUUGGCCUUGAUGAUAAGCUUUAUACAGCACUAAUGUUCGAUAUGACUGAUGGUGGUGAUGAAUCAAUACUGUUAUGGUUUGCUCCAGAUGUACCGUCAUAUGAUGGAAAGUUAGCAUUUAGUAAACAAAAAAAAAUUGGUAUUUCUUAUCAUGGACCAACCGGAAAUGAAUUCCCCUAUGGUACUCAUAUUGUUGUUGCAGUAUUAUUUGAACAAAAAGACUAUUGGCCCGAAAAAGAUGUAAAAAAGCUUAAUGCUAGAGAAAAAGUUAACAUUAAGGCUUGGUUAAAUUCAUCAUCUAAUAUUCUGGUAAGGGAACCAGUAGCCGGAACUAUAUUUGGAUUUACAAGUGUAGCCGAUGAUACAGAUGAAAAUGUGGAAGUUCCAAGCAGUACACUGUUUUAG